UUCAGUGCUGCUGAAUCUGCUGAACCAAGAUUGGCGUCAUGGUUGGGGUGCCACAAUUGAGACCCUGGUAUUUCUUUUCUGGUUGGCAAGCGGAGCAUCUUACAGGGUGGUCUCCAGAGCGUUCGGGACACCUCAUCCGACUGUCCACCGCAUCGUCCACAGAGUCACGCAGGAGGUUGUGGCCAUUCGCCACCAGGUCAUCCACCUUCCAAAGACCCCUGAAGACCUGGAGGUGGUGUCCCAGGGUUUUGCAGGGCUGGCAUGGCACAGAGCUUUUGUUAAAGCUGCGGGUGCCAUCGACGGCUGCCACAUCAGGAUCAAGCCUCCAAGCGGCCCUGAUGGUCACUGCUACAGGAACAGGAAACUGUUCCCCUCUAUCAUCCUGCAGGCUGUGUGUGACCAUCAGGGCCGCUUCAUUGACACCUACGUGGGCUGGCCGGGGUCGGUGCACGACUCCAGGGUGCUCCGCCACAGCCCGCUGUACAGGCAGUCAGUCUACCCUCCUCCAGGGCACUUCAUCCUCGCAGAUGGUGGGUACCCAUGCCUGCAAAGCCCACUCCCACUCAUCACUCCCUACAAGCGUGGGAAUCAAGGUGUGGCUGCCUAGCGCUUUAACAGCCAUCAUCCAAGGCACGCUCUGUGAUAGAGCGUGCCUUGGAAUGAUGAAAACCAGGUUCAGAGCCAUCUUCCUGCAAGCGCUGGAGGUCCACCACACCUUUGUGCCUCACGUUGUUACCGCUUGUGCCAUCCUCCACAACAUCUGCCUCAGUGCUGGCGACUAUGUGGUGGCGGAGGAUGAGCCUGAGGUUGGUGGAGAUGAUGAGGGGGAGGCUGGUUUGGAGGAUGUCAGCGGUGCACGCUGGUGGGACCAGCUGUGCUGUGAGGUGUCUGCCCUGGAGGAGGUUCCACUGGACCAGGGAUUCCCAAAGUGUGGUGCGCGCACCCCCGGGGUUGCGCGAGCUGCCGCUAGGGGGUGCGCGAGGUGAAAAGUGUAAUGGCGUCAAAUUACUGUUUUUUUCCCCUUCACAAUAAAAAUGUGUAAAUAAACAAAAAAUAUUCCUUUGUCAUUUUUAAAAUAAUUAAAAUAAAAAUUGAAAUUAACAUUUCUAUUCAAAAUGCACUUCAUCUUAAAAUGAAUCAUAGAAGAAUUCUUCUUCUGCUACUCCACACUGCAUUUGCGCACCUAGCUUGUAGCCUCUGUCAUUUUUGCAAGUAUGCUCAAUUGGCUGAAAUCAGGGAAACUGUCAGGUGAGAAUUUGAAAGUCAAAGUUAGUGAUAAAGCAGGAGAGGAACCAAGGGAGAGUUAUGAAUCAGAGGCAACAGAUGAGAGAGUUGCUACGGAUCCGGGAGAAAAAAAACAGCGGGAGUCCAAAAAUGAUGAGCCGAAGGAAACGGCAAAGGACGAAAGAUGGCAGCAAGGCAAAAGAGGUGAUGAGGGUGAACACCAGAUGGGGAAAAAAAUAAGGAAAUAUGACGAAAAUUAUCUAGGUCUUGGCUUCACUUGGAUUGGUGAUGCAGAUUGCCCAAAGCCGCAGUGCGUGGUGUGCAGCGAGGUUCAAGCAAACAGCUGCAUGAAACCUCCUUAUCUAAGUCGGCACCUUCACACAAAGCAUGGCAAUGUAAUUCAAAGACCCCUUACAUUUUUUAAAUCAAAACUGGAGGAGUUACAAAGCAGCAAAAAAACAACUCCAGUUUCAUUCAUAUGUCGGGUCUACAACAGACGCAUUACGGGCUUCAUGUCUUCUCAGCUACAGAAUAGCGAGAAACGGGCUGCC